CAACUCUUUGCCGGUACUUUUGGCCGAUGUUUAAUCAACGUAGAUAAUUCAACGCUAGCCAAUGUUACUAACAAAACAGAAUGUGACAAUAUGGGAUACUAUUGGCGAAAUCCUGUCAUGAAUUUUGAUAAUUUAGGCAAUGCAUUAAUAUCAUUAUUCCACAUAGCAACGUUAGAUGGCUGGAAAAGAUUAAUGAAAAGUGCCGUAGACGCUCGCGGGAAAGAUUUGCAGCCUAAAUCGUUGAACAAUUUACCAGCACGAUUAUUUUUUAUCGCAUUUAUCGUUGUUGGCGUAUUUCUUACUCUAAAUUUAAUUGCUGGUGUCAUCAUUGAUCAAUUUUAUAGUUCACGCAAAAAGUAUAUAUCAAAACGUAGAGGCAACUCUAUUCAAGCUUUGUUUACGGAAUCUCAACUUCAUUGGUAUAGAAUGAUGAAAAGACUCAUGAAAGCAAAAUUAAUCAAGAGUGAUCCACCUCCCACAUUUAAAUGGCAAAAGGCUUUGGUAUCUAUGUUCCUUAAUAAGAAGUAUGAACUGUUCUCCAUGACCGUCGUUGUAUUGAACAUAGUAGCCAUGAUGUUCAUCUAUUACCAACAAUCGGCAUUUCGUUGCAUUAUUUUUCUUGACGCGCUGUCGAUUGCAGAUAUUCUCAAUUAUGGUUUUACAUGCUUCUACACACUAGAAUGCAUCUUGAAGUUUUUGGCAUUUCGUAUCUACUUCUUCAAAGAUAUAUGGAAUAUUUUUGAUCUAAUUAUAGUAUUGGCUUCCAUUACAGGAAUUGUCUUAAGCAACUUGGCAUCUGUGACAUUUCGAGUUAGUCCGGCCAUUAUACGAGCUAUAAGAAUAUUUCGAAUUGUGCGAAUGAUCCGUUUACUACGCCAUGCUCAAGGAAUGCGUCGACUGCUUAUGGCAUUAAUUGCGUCUAUA